AUGGAUGAAAGAGCACAGCUUAUACCAGCAACUAAGCUAAUGGCGCAUCUAGCAUUGAUAGAUAAAGAGGAGAGAAUAGACAAGGAAACCAUUACAAUUCUCUCUCAAUUUACAGAGAAGUAUAUAAAUGAUAUUCUAACGCGGUCAGCUCUCUUAGCCAAGCACAAGGGAAACCAAGUAGUAACAGGAGAGGAAAUUAAGUUUGUUUUAGAAAAGGAGUUUGACUGCUUUAUUGGUGCAGGAAACUGA